AUGAUGAUUUGUUCUCAGUUUAGAAAGAUGAAAAUGAAAUCUCAGAUUAUUAUUUUAGAUGUCAUAAUCUUGGUUUUAGUGUUAGUGGUGUGUUCUAUUGGAAUUUAUGUUGAAGCAAAAAUAUUUUAUGAAAUUAGUUUAGAAUCAUCAUAUAUCAUGAUGAAUUCUACCGAUAUUAAGUAGGUUGAUAGAAUAGGAAGCUAAAUUGAAUCUUACUUAAUCACUAAGCAUAAAAGAAGUAAUUAAUUAAUUAAUGAAGGCAUUUAGCUUCUUGAAAACAUAGCUAAUUUCAUAUUUCACUUCGCUAAUCGUUAAGAUCAGUAAAUCUACAAUGGUGUUUUAGACCUUUGCCUAACAGAAGAAGAGUAGAAAUAUGCAUUUUAUAUUAAAAAUACACCAAAGUUUUGCUAUUAAACAAAUGGUGUUUAACUUGACUCAAUGCUGUAGGAUGACAACAUUAAGCUUUUGUACUAUGGACUUAAGGAGCUUGAGCACUAUUCAUUACUGUUCAAUAUAUUAAGACCUAAUAUGUUAUAGGUGGUUGACACAAGUUCAAUAAUAUUUAAUGCGUUAUAUCCAAUAGGAUUGCUGGCUCCUGAAUAUAAUCCAUAGCAAAGAAAGUGGUAUUUUUAAUUAUAAAUGCAGGUAUUAAAAUCAUAUGGCUUAAGUCAACAAUACAAAAAAUGAGUUCUUUUUUUUUACUAGUGUAUUUUAGAGCUUAUAUGGAUCAUCAGAGUGUAGCUUUUCGAUUACUCAAUCAUUAUUUAAUAAGGAGAAGGAAUUUUUUGCAGUUUUAAAAACUAUAUUGUUUAUAACUGACCCAAAUUUACAUAACAUUUAAUUUAAUGUCUUAUUGAUAAAUUAAGAAGGUUAGGUUAUGGAGAAUGGAAUGGAGAAUGGAAUGGAGAAUCGUACUAAUAGCACAGAAAUCUUAUAUGUAUAUAAUGAAACCAUAACUGGUUUUAAUUUAACCGAUUGGAAGGAAAUUGAAUUAAAAUCUAGUUUAAACGGAUAACUCAAUGAGUAGAAUUCCAAGUUAAUUCUCUAUAACAAAGUGUACAAAUCGUUUGUCAAUCUAAAGUGCAAAAAGUUUUAAAAAGAAAAUUUUACAUUAAUUUUGUAACAAUAUAAAUAAUUAAAACUAGAUUUACUAAUUUGACUUCUUAACAUAUCUUAUAAUCGUAGAUUUUGGAUAGGUAUAAUGAAUUUUUACUUUAUUAUGGGUAUGCUGUUAUAGUAACUUGUUCUUUAGCAUUUAUGCUAUUCUGUUUCAGCGUAAUUUUUAUAAACGUAAUCUGUAACCCAAUCGUAAAAUUAAGAUAGAAAAUCUCGUAACAUGUAUUGGAAAUCGGAAACAAUACAGAUAAAAUGAUAUUCAAGAUUACAACAACAAAAAAGAGAAAAUAGGGUCUUGUCUUUAAAUUAAAUGAAAUGUUUUUGAAUAUUUCGGAUGUUUUGAAAUUAAACUAAAAUAAGAAGAGUGAGUAAUGCAGACUUAUUGAAAAGAUGUAGUAUAAUAAACGCGGUAUAAGAGAAUAGUGUUAGUUGAAUUAACAAAUUCAGUCUCUCAAUGAUUCUUAAUAAAAUUAUAUUGAAUUAAAUGAAUUUAAUAAGGAAAUUUUGAAACUUUUAAUGAAUGGUACUAAUAGUAUAAGUCAGUUAUGA